ACCAUUUCAUAAUUGUUUUUUUCCCAGCCAUACACUUGAAUGAAAAUUUAUCUAUAAAUACAUCCUUUGAUCGUAUGGUUUCCUCACACCUGGUCGCUGAACAUAGCUCUAAUAACACCAAGCUCUUGAAAUACAAUAUCAAAAUGGUUGGAGUAUGGUCCCUAAUCCGAGGUGUUAGCAUCAUUCCUGAUAUGGAUAAAGAGGUGGCGAGUUUGAUUGGGAGGUCUGCCUUUUCCCUGAAAGAUUACACAUCAAGACAGGGCUCAUGUGUUAGUAUUUAUGUUUUACCUAUAUUUUACUCCCUCCGUCCCUUAAAACUAUGCCAACUUUCCUUUUUUGGAUGUCCCACUAACUUUGCCACUUUCCAUUUGAAGUAAAGAAUUUGUGGUUCCAGACAAUUCUCUCUCCUCUGCACAAACCUCAACCACACAGUUUUUACUUUAUUAAUCCCCGUGCCGGUCAAACUUAGCAAAGUUUUAAGGGACGGAGGUAGUAUUUAGCAGUGAUAAGUAGUGUUAACUCUCUACUGGCUAUGACUAACAUUUUGUUAUGUUAGUGUAGUCUACAUCUUUUACAAAAUUUUUAGCAUGUCAAGAAUGAUAGUGAGAUGAUCGUGAUGCAUAAAAUGUAUAGGGAUGCAUAUGAUGCUUAUGGAUUUUACAGCACUUUUCCAGUGCAUAAACCACAUUAAAAAUGAUGCAUGUCAUUCCUGAUAAAGAUUGAACUAUUCAUUUACAUUCUUGCAAAAGGCAAAUAAUCAGAUUCUCAUAGACAGAUACCCAUUUAAAAAAAUCUUGAUGUGUAUAAAAAUCUGUAUUAAUUAAUGUCAAAAUGUCAAACGUUUGUUAUUGAUGAGAAAUGAGUACAUAUUUUUAUCAUUUCUCUUGACUCUGCGUACAAACAAUGAACAAGGUGCAAAACAGUUUAAUCAAUAGUCUUUCCUGAUUAAUAAAUUAUAUAAUUGAAUCAGUGAAAAAUUAAAUUUCAAACUAAAAUGCAAUUAAGUGGUCUUUCCUGACCAUGCUUCGUAAAAAGUUAGAAUCAGUUAUAUUGUUUCAAGUUUACGCGAAGGUAUAAGCUGUGUGAAUACUGUGGGUUCUUGAUUUCAAAGGUUUAUUUAUAUGCUUUAGGUAGAUCCACUCAAAGCUUUGUUGGUUACAGUAGAAUUUUGAAAUACAUCACACAGCCAAUAUUGGUGGGGGAGAUAAGGUUCAACUGUUCAAGUGUUCAUUUACAUACAACUUCUAUAACUUCGCAAAAGAAUAAUCACAUAGAUUCUCAUUUGAUCUGGAAAUAAUACAUUAUAAAAAUGUAAAGAUUAGAUUUGAAAUUUUUGGGUUAAAUACUAUACGCAUGUCUAUUAGCAAUUGUUUAAUUUUGAGUCUCACAGAUUAUAUCUUAUGUAAUCUUCAACAAUAGUUCGUGAAUCGUGACUUCGUGAAUAGUUUAAUUUGAUUUUUCCUGAAGUAGUUUUUUUCAUAUAUUUGUAAAAAAUGUUGAUGAAAUUAAAUACAUAAAACGGAUGAAAAAUCAAAUGAACAGUGUCUGCAUAUUCAUUAGAUCUGUUAGUUGUGAAUGAUGUGGUUUGUAUAGAAGUCUGAUGGUUUGGGGUCAAGGGGCUGUAUCUUUCCCUACAACUGAAAACCUUAUCAUUCAAAUUAAACUUUAUACUCAAACUUGGGUUCAGAGCUGGGGGAAAUUGAAAUUCAGAUCUGUGGACAAUAUUCUCUAUGAGGAAAAGCUGAUUCCAUAUAAUUUCAAGACAGGAAGUUCUAAGGUUGCAAUCGCGAAGUGGAUUAAACCUAAAGAUUCCAGUCUCGAGGCGGAGCUAAAAGCUAUUGUCACGGCAACGAAAUGGGCUCUGAGUUCCGGCUAUGGUGAUUUCGUGGUUGAAUCGGAUGCAUCGAGAGCGGUCGAGCUGAUUUCAGCUAAGAGAGAAGGUAGAUGGUCUUCGUUGGUUCAGGAGAUGGCUCUUUCGACUUCUCAGACAUAGGUGGGCUUCAGACACAUAUGGCGAGAAAGGAAUUGGGCUGCUCAUUACAUUGCAACUUCCAAGCCAGCCCAAUUCAGGGUUAUCAACUCUAUUAAUUAUUUAUCAGACGUGAGCAGAAAGGCAUAUUUUUUAGACUAUUUUGGCAUUCCGUCUCUUAGAUAUGUUUAAUUUUGUUAUUGAUCUUUCAUUUAUUUAUCUGCUGAGAGGUAUUGGCUUGGUCCCCCUCUCUAUUUGUAAUUGCUCCUUUUUUAAUUAAAUUACUGCAAAUGUUCCCCGGCGUUUGCCCCACUGAUUUUGGUGGUUUGCCUACUCGGUUAAAAAAAAAGUAUAGAAG